AUGACCAGUAUUUUCGGUACUAUUCCUAUGGCUCCAAGAGAUCCAAUCUUGGGAUUGAAUGAGGCUUACAAAGAAGAUUCCUCUCCAAACAAAGUGAAUCUUGGUGUGGGUGCUUACAGAACAGAGGAAGGAAAGCCUAUGGUAUUGAGUGUUGUCAGAAAGGUAGAACAAAUGAUUCUUGAUCAAAAUUUGGAUAAGGAAUACAUUCCACAGGAUGGAUUGGAAGCUUUUAGAAAGGUAUCUCCCAAGUUAAUGUUUGGAUUUAAUUGCAAGGCCAUCGAAGAGGGAAGAGUGGUUUGUAUUCAAUCCAUCUCUGGGACCGGUGCUUUGAGAUUGGGUGUUGAAUUUGUUGCUAAAUUCUUGCCUCCUGGAACUGCAUUGUAUGUCAGCAAUCCAACUUGGUCUAAUCACAUUCAAAUUUGCCAAUCUGCAGGUGUACCUGUUGGAUAUUAUAGAUACUUUGAUAGCAAGACCAACGGUUUAGCAUUUGAUGACAUGAUUCAUGAUUUGAAGACAAUUCCAAACAAGUCUGUCAUUCUUUUGCAUGCCUGUGCUCACAAUCCAACUGGUGUUGAUCCAACUCCCGAGCAAUGGUCAAUCAUUGCUGAUGUUAUCCAACAAAAGGGUCACAUUACAUUCUUUGAUAGUGCUUAUCAAGGAUUCGCUAGUGGAGACUUGGACAAGGAUGCAUUUGCUAUCAGAAUGUUUGUGGAUCGCGGUAUUGAAAUGAUGGCCUCUCAAAGCUAUGCCAAGAAUUUCGGUCUUUACGGUGAAAGAAUUGGUGCAUUGAACUUUGUUGUGUCCAAUCCUGAAACCGCAAAGCAAAUUCAAUCUCAAAUGAAGGUCAUUGUUAGAUGCCUUUACUCUUCUCCAUCCUUGCAAGGAGCAAGAAUUGUUGCCAUGACGCUGAAUAAUCCUGAAUUAUUCCAAUUGUGGAAGAAAGAACUUGUCAUGAUGAGCGAUCGAAUUAAGGAAAUGAGACAAUUACUUUUUGAUGCCUUACAGAAGAGAGGAACCCCUGGAAAGUGGAAUCACAUCCUUGAACAAAUUGGAAUGUUUUCAUUUACAGGUCUUCAAAAGAAGCAUGUACAAGUUUUGAUUGAGAAAUACCAUAUUUAUCUCACUGACAACGGUCGUAUUUCCAUGUGUGGCCUGAAUAGAAAGAAUGUGGAUUAUGUAGCUGAUGCGAUUGAUUAUGUUGUCAGAAACUGUUAA